AAAAUGUUUAAUUGUCUUGACAAAAGGUCAUGUUGUCAAAGAUUCUAUUUUUAUCUAAGAUUAUCUAUUUUUAGACAGGUGAUAUGCACUCAUCUAAUUUCUGAUUGGUCGAUUUAAUAUCUCGUGCGCACGGUAUCCGUGAAGAAGCUUUCAUACUUGUUUUUGUUUUAGAUGAAAUCACAGCGUUUAAAAAUUUACUAGAAAAUAAUUUUUAUUGUGGUUCUAAGUCAUUGUUAUCGUUUGUGACUUCGGUUUAUUUGGAUGAAAUGUUGUAAACAGGAUUCUUUUGUCAAGUAGAGAUUUCUGUCGUAUUAAUUCUAUAAACAUUGGAAAGAACGAUGAAAGUACAAUUGAGUGUAGUGUAACCACAUAAUUUAAAGGGGAAAGUUGCUUCCCCUAGCAAACAUAGUCUCUAUGUAAAUGUUAUUUUAAAUGUAUAUAAUGAGUAAUCGAUCAAAAAGGGACACAAGAAGAAAAGAUUAUAAAUCUUUACACACGUCUGGAAAGACAGAAGAAGGGGCCUUCGAAGGGAUUGAGACGAACCAAACAAAGAGUUCAGAGAUAAUGGCGGGAUCGGAAGUCAAGCAAUAUGGCGUCCUCCAGUUGCCAGAUGACGAAGAAGUAGACGAACAGCAACUUCUGGUGAUGAAGGAAGAAUUAGAAAUGCUGAAGCAGGAGGAAGAAAAGUUGACCAGGAGAAGGGCCUUCCAGGAGACGAAAAAGGAACUAGACAGACAAAGGGCAAAAGUGGAAUCACUGAAGGACAGAGAAUUACGUGUUCUGAGGGAUGACCUCAAGGCAUCCAAUAGAAGGGCUUAUGCUGAGGGAUCCAGGAAAAAUUUGAGGAUCCAGUGGGAAUCUUUUCUUUUGUUUUGCUGCCAUUUCGGAAUGUAGGCGUAGUGGUUUAUUAAUACACUGUUUACAAGAAUAACUGGUAAGCACUGUUUUAGUGUUUGUUACGCAUUGUGCUUUCGCAGAGCAUGGUUUCGUUUCUUGCUUCGCUUAAUUAGAUAAUUUGGUUUUUGUUAUCUGUUUUAAAAAAAAAAAAAUUUGUUUGCAUGCAAUUUUUGUUUAGUUGAUGUGUUGUCUUUAUAUGUGGGUUUAUUUCUAAUUGGCCUAUGGUUGGGCUUUAUAUGAAUAUUCUUUGAAUUAUUACAUUUGAACUGUUACAUUUGUAUUGUAAUUAAAUGUUGAUUCAUCGAUUCGCUGUGUAACAAGGACAAAUAAAAUUUGAUUAUCAUUUAAAUGUUUUAUUUGUGUUUCAAUAUGAACUCAUUCUAAGGAUCGAACGGUUAUUAGAACUUAGAAUGAUUUCUGUUUAAUAAUAACUUGCGGAAUACAAUUGGCUAAUUUUAAUACGAUUAAAAUGUUUAAUUGUCUUGACAAAAGUUCAUGUUGUCAAAGAUUCUAUUUUUAUCUAAGAUUAUCUAUUUUUAGACAGGUGAUAUGCACUCAUCUUAUUUCUGAUUGGUCGAUUUAAUAUCUCGUGCGCACGGUAUCCGUGAAGAAGUUUUCAUACUUGUUUUUGUUUUAGAUGAAAUCACAGCGUUUAAAAAUUUACUAGAAAAUAAUUUUUAUUGACCUAAUCCCUCCCACCCUUAUGAUUGACAAGUUAUCAUCGUUUGAUCUUUAAAUCAUUUAAAAAAUAAGCCAGUUGUACAGAAUGUAUAUGUAUAGAUUAUAUGUUUAUGUCAUGUUUAAUGGUAAUUGAUUAUUCAGUUAUAGGCACAUUGGUUUAUCAUUGCGAAUGGUAAUUAAUUAAGAGUUGUUUAGUUCAGUCAUUGCAGAUGAGAGAUUAAGGUUUUUGUGUGCUUUUGUAAAUAUAUAAAGGUAAACUUGUGUUAAAUGUAAAUUUAAUGAUGUAUAUUUGUAUUUAUUGAAUUUGUAAUGAAAUGUUUCGAGUUUGUAUGAAUAUUCGAUAUGUUGCUGUACUUUUGUUUGUGGCUUUAUAUGAAUAUUCUUUGAAUUAUUACAUUUGAACUGUUACAUUUGUAUGGUAAUUAAAUGUUGAUUCAUCGAUUCGCUGUGUAACAAGGACAAAUAAAAUUUGAUUAUCAUUUAAAUGUUUUACUUGUGUUUCAAUAUGAACUUAUUCUAAGGAUCGAACGGUUAUUAGAACUUAGAAUGAUUUCUGUUUAAUAAUAACUUGCGGAAUACAAUUUGUAAGUUUGUCACCAUUACAACAUGUUAAAACUAUCGCAAGGGAAAGACCCCCGAUAAUGUUGAAGAACUUCAGGUCUAACUCUUUUUCCAUUAUGUAUGUAUGGACCAAUGUAUAUAUUUGUACAAAGUCAUUUUUUUAGAAAUAAAGUAUGUUUAAAGUAAAAGAUAUUG